AUAAAAAAAUCUAAUAAAGACGACUAGUUGAACUCUAGUUUCUAGUUUCCAAUGAACGAACACACGUCAUUAUUGACAUUGUCAAAACGACAAGUCACCCUAAAGAAAAAUAUAAAAAGCGAAAAGUUCAGAUGGAGACAUUUACACAAAUGGCGACGUUGCUCCACGCCUUCAAUCUUAUCCAUUCUCUUCCAAAAAGAAAUAAGUAAUCCAAUGCUCUCAUGUCCACCAUAACUAUCGUGUAGCACAACGCAUUUACCGUUUGCACACUCUUCCCGAAUAUACCCUUACGUUGAUAAAAAAACCAGUCAAACGAACGAACCUGUGGGUACAUCAUCAUUCCACACUAUUAUAUAUAAAAAAAGAAAACGCAGCUGAUUCAUUAUAAAAUAUCUUAAUCCCAUUUCUUCUUUCCUAAUCCAAAACUAAUCUGUUUUACAAAUCCUUCAUCUUUCUCUUCUUCUUCCCAUAUUUUCUCUCAGAUCACCACAUUUUAACCUACAAUGGCUACAAUCAUCUCAUGUUCCGCUCUCUCUUCGAUCCGAGCAUCUUCCGAACCUGGAUCUACCAAAUCGGAUCCAUCCCGUAAGAAACCAGUUUCAUCGGUUUCUUGGUGGGCUCCUCUCUUCGGCAUGUCGUCGGAGCCUGAUUACGUCGUGAGCUCCUCAUCGUCCGCGAAUCCGGAAUCAGAUCUGGUUAAAACCGGCGAAAGGUCUCAGCGGUGGUGUCUCACGGAGGAGAAGGCGAAGCAGCUGCGGAGGAAAACUGCCGAAGCUUCCACGUUCCACGACGUUAUGUACCAUUCUGCGAUCGCCUCGCGGCUUGCGUCCGACGUUAGGGUCAAGGAGUAACUGGAUCGUAUCACGAAUCCUCCGAUCUAGUUAUAAUAAUCAAUAAAAUUAGUCGAGCUUAAAAAAUGUGUCUCUCUCUUCUUCUUUUUUCACGUAUGGGAUGAUGAACAACUUUUUUUCGAUGAUGAUACUCGAAGAACCCGUUUAAUUGUGUACCUCGUCGUUUUUUAAGUUUGUACGAUCUGGAUCGUGUGGGAUUGUUGCUUUCCUCUGAACCGUUGGAUUAUUAAUUAGUUUUAGCUUACAUUAAUGCUGACCUUUUUAGACAAGUGUUACGUGUUAUGUCAAAAAUAAUUUUAUAAAAGUA